UAGCGAGGUGACACCGUGGAUGAGACGAGGCUUUACAAAUCAACGUCUUCACCGGAGGUUAUCCAUCAACCGUUGCAGACAUGGUGAUGAUCCCGCCGUUGAGAACGACUGAGAUUUGAUCCGACUAAGCUUGCACGGCAAGAUGGGGCAGUUGGCGAGUCUGUGAAUUAAUCAGCUACGUAGGUGUAUAAAAGGCCGAUAUCAUCCGUCCCAUCUCCAGUCUCGACUUGACCACCCAUCCGACCUCGACCCCGAACACCCACUCCUCAUAGUUCGAUUCAAAUUGACCACUGGAAAACAUGAAGAUGAAGUUCACCUCGCUCGCCAUCCUCAUCGCAACCGCCCUGACGGCGUCUGAAGCCGUCCCAACGACGGCGGGCAGCCAGGCAUCCAGCACGGGUGUUGCCGAGGGUCUCUGGAUCGAGACAAUCGACGCCGCCGGCAAUUCCAAGGUUUCCUUCACGCCUCACCAGGAGAUCGUCAACUCGACCUCGUUUGAGGCUGGCAACGACGUGCAAGAGCGUGCUUCUGUCGAGAAGCGCCGCGAGGGCUGCCACGCAUCCGCGCGCAUCUCGUCCAGCAUUACCGACGCGGCCAAUCUCCUUCUUCUCUCCCAAUACGCGGGCACCCAAGUGCGGAUUGAUGGUAGAGCCAGGGCCAGCUACGUGUAUCAGAACGCCCGUUCCUUCAUCUGCGCCUACUCCCCCGGCUGGAAACCCAAGUCAGCCAUCUUGGCCACCUGGGACUGGGUCAAGCGCGUCAAGUGCGGCGUCGACCGCCUGGGCCACGGCCAGGUCCAGGAGGGCAGCGGCGACUGGACUGCGGGAUACACCUUUGACACGGACAGAUUCUGUUGGUGAUUCUGUCUAUCUGAGUGGUCCAGUCAGCUCACGCUUCGGCCAAGUUCUGAAUAUGAUGGGGCUGGCAGCGGGUGCCUCGCUGGGCGAGGGAGGGGGACCGGGGGGUUAGUAUGUCUUCUUCGUUACCGCGAUGGUUUGGGACUUGGGUGAGCAGAGGACCUAGACAUCAUUGUUUUUUCAUGGGUUUUACUUUUCCUUAUCAGACAUGUAACGUAUUCAGGUAGUCACUCGCUUCCAUAUCAUGGUGCGUUACUAAUACUCCCCGACGGAGCC